AUGGGGUCUUCGAGGGUCGACGGUAGUGGUACUCGGUCGUUUCGAAGAGAUACUUGGGGUCUUCAAACUUGCCGGUCUCGUCAGUUGUUCUAUGCAUCGGGCAUCAAGGUACUUGUCGUUCUUAGCAAUUUCGAAGACGACGGUAGUGGUACACGUUACGUAGAUGUUCAGGUUGUCAGUAGAGGGGGAAAACAGCGGCAGCAGCAGGCAUCGCAGUCAACGGGCGCGGUCGCCUGCAGACGACGGGGAUGGCCGGAGAUGCAGCAGCAGAAGCAAAACAGCAGCAGCAGCGAAGAAGCCGGCGGCGACUGGAGCAGAUCGGGCGCGGGGAAGGGGCGGCGCCAUGGACGGACUCCUCGGGUGGCUGAAGGCACCAGCGAGCACGGGGCGAUGCACGGAGCAGCAACAGGUCCAGGAACUUGA